UCAAUAAACCCACUUUUUCUUUGACUAGAGGGAUAGAUUAGAAAAGGAGACUGCAAGUUGACCCCUUUGGCAUUGCCUAUAAAUUGGUAGUUUGCUCCAGCUUGUUAUCACUCGUGGAGUUGGUUUGAGCUUAGAAGAGAAUCAUAAUUGUCUUUGCUACUUCCUUCACACUCUUUAUUUGCUGCACGCGCAUAGAAUUUUCCCGUCCCAAGAAAAUCUUCGUUGGUAUUUUCUAAGGCCUUGUACGAUCAUUCUUUGGACUGUCAUACUGGAACCUUCCUCAAGUGCUGCACAGGCUUAAAAAGGUAAAUCAUGAUGAGAAUUUCCCUGUCUAUGUGCAAACAAACAGUGGUUUUACCGGACAGAGCUUCCGGGAUGCUGAAUUUGGUGGACUUCUUUAGUCCUAGGCGACAAAAAGAGAAGGUUGUGAUCCUACUGGGAGCAACAGGAACCGGCAAGUCAAGACUCUCCAUUGACCUUGCAACCCGAUUUCCAGCAGAAAUUAUCAACUCAGAUAAAAUACAAGCACACGAGGGACUUGACAUAGCCACCAACAAAAUCACUGAGGAAGAGCGGUGCGGAAUUCCACACCAUUUGCUAGGUGUAAUAAAUCCCAACACAGAUUUUACAGCAACAAAUUUUGUUGACAUGGCUACACAUGCCAUGGAUUCAAUUUUGUUUCGCAGCCAGCUUCCAAUUAUAGCUGGAGGCUCCAAUUCAUACAUUGAGGCCUUAGUUGAUGACAAAGACUAUAGAUUCCGAUCAAAAUAUGAAUGUUGUUUCCUUUGGGUGGAUGUAGCAAUGCCAGUGCUCCAUCAUUAUGUAUCAGAGCGAGUAGAUAAGAUGGUUGAAAAUGGAAUGGUUGAUGAGGUGAGGAAGUAUUUUGAUUCCAAUGCAAAUUAUACACGGGGGAUUAGGAAAGCCAUCGGAGUUCCUGAAUUUGAUCGCUACUUUAGAGCUGAACCAUUUUUGGACAAACAAAGCCGAGCUAAGCUGCUGCAAGAAGCAAUACAAGAAAUCAAAAGGAAUACGUGCAAAUUGGCUUCUCGCCAAUUGGAGAAGAUUCACCGGCUGAGGAAUAAGAAGAAUUGGAAGAUACACAGGCUUGAUGCCACUGGAGUUUUUCUCAGGCGUGGCAAAGAAGCUGAUGAGGCAUGGGAAGAGUUUGUAGCUGGUCCGAGUACGGAGAUGGUGGCAGAAUUUCUAUACAAUGUCAGCUCUGAGGCUCUGGUCACUAAAGCUGCCCUUAGAGAAUGCAUUGCUCAGUGCCUUGUGGCCUAAUGCUGUAAAAUCGUAUCUGACCCAGGAAUAACUAGUGAAGUGAUACAUUUCAGUGUUAAAAUAAUGGAGAUGUGCUACUUAAUGGAAGUCACUUUUGGAUUUCAUGGCCCCUUCCAUUUAAUGAUAUGAAAGCAUUUUUUCCUUUUUUUUCUUUUUGGUGUCCCAUCAGUUGAGAUACCAUUUUUUUCUUUCUGAUAUAUAUCAGAAAGUAGUGUAAGACUACUUUAUCUUGCCACUUGAACUGCAAGACACAACCAAGUGAUAUAAUUGUUUAAUCUGGUUACUGGGAUUUUAAACUGCAAUGCAAAUUUUGGGAGAAAGGACCCAUGUAAAUGUAAGUUUCUUUUCUUUUUCUUUU